CUUAUUACACAUUUAUGUGAAAUGACAGCAUUUCUAUUUUUUGCAUUUUUAUAGCUUUUAUUAAAUUUAAAAAACUUCUAACAAAGGUAAAAUAUAGAUUUUUGCAAUAUAAUUUUUUUAAUUUUAAAUUGACAAAUUUGAGGAAAAGGCACUUUUUCAAAGAAACUAAAUCUGUGAAGGUUGCAUUUUUGAGUCUCUUAAGAAAAAAACGAAAAAAUGCCCAAUUCAGCUAGGAAUCAUGAUGAAAACAGGAAAGUUGUUUGCCUCCUGUGUCUCAAAAAGGCAAACAGACAGCUCACAACGUUUUUGCAUGAAAAAAUUCAACAAGUCUACAGACAACAAAUCAAUUUUGAAGAUGUAAGAGUACCGCAAGGGCUGUGUAAAACUAGUCGAACUGCUCUGAGGAAACGUUAUGAAGGACAUCCUGGUGAAUUACCAGCUCUUUUUGACUUUGAAACUAUCAUUGUCAAACCACUCACUAGAGGAAAUCCUUGUGAAUGCCUAAUUUGUUGCAUUGGCUGGUUGAAAUUGACUGAAAAGCACCCUCUUGACACUGACACGAAAGAAGAAAAGAUUUCUAACAAAAGGUGCUCAAAAUGUCUGUCACUAAUAGGUAGGAGAUUGCCACAUCAAUUCUCUGUAUCACAGUUUAGAGAGAAUAUAAGAUCUCUGGCAGCCAAUGAUGGUAAAGUUGCGGAACAGAUUGCAUCUUCAACAAUCACAAGCAAGGAUGCAUCUCCACAUGGAACAGUUCGACUUUCACAAACCAAGAGUGGGAGAGAAUUUCCUAUAACUCCAGGACCAUCAAGUGCAAAACAGCUAUUAAAGGAUCACCCAGUUGUAACAGCGCAAGAUCUUGCUCAGGUUCAAAUAAACACAGGAUUGUCCAAUAAUGGCAUCAGAAAGCUUGCAACAACAAUCAACAAUGUAAGCACAACCAAAGUCUUGGAGCCAUACAUUGUUAAAAAAUUUCAAAACCUUGGGAAAAAUCUUAAAGAGAGCUUUACUCAGAUUACAGCGGCAUUUACAAACGCGGACAAAACAACUUCAAAUUACAUUGUUGCAUAUUGCAAGAGUCUCAAUAGUCUUAUUGAAGAUUUACUUUUGACACGGAAGAUUUUUUCAAACCACGUCAUUAAAUUGGGGAUCAAUGGCGGUUGAGGAUUCUUAAAAGUCUGUCUUGGAGUUUGUGAAUUGGACCCAGAGAUGCAAAGUGAAGCUUCACCUCCAAGCAAACGUUUGCUUACAUCACAAGCAUCAAAGGAUACAGGAGUGAAAAAACAACUUCUUGUGGCUGUGACUGAAGGAGGUCAAGAAAAUUACAACAAUGUGAAAGUCAUUCUUUCUCUUCUUGACAUUCAAGAGGUCAAUUUUGUUAUCUCUUGUGACAUGAAAUUGGCUAACAUCCUAUGCGGUCUGCAGGCUCAUUCAUCCUCUCAUCCAUGUACAUGGUGCACAGCGGAAAGUUCUAAUCUUGUGAAUUGUGGUACUCUAAGAACUUUUGGCUCUCUGAAGCAGUCAUUCCAUGCGUUUUCUGCAGCAGGUUCAAAUACCAAAAAUGCAAAGAAAUUCAGAAACUUGGUUCAUGAGUCUGUUCUUUCACUCGAAGAUUCUGCAUUGGUAAUUGAUCUAAUACCUCCAAUGGAGUUGCAUCUACUUCUUGGAGUUGUCAAUCAUCUUUUUAAGAUUCUGAAAAAUUUAUGGCCAAAGGCAGAUGAAUGGCUUCAAGCAUUGCAUAUAAAAUAUCAACCCUUUCAUGGUGGACAAUUUGAAGGAAAUUCCUGCAAUAAGUUGCUGAAGAACUUGGAUCUUUUGCAAAUAUUGGCUGAAAAAUACAAUGCUUUUCAAGUUUUUCCCAUCAUUGAAACUUUUCGAAAAUUUGAAAAUGUUGUAUCCUGUUUUGGCAACAAGUUACACAGUCAGUUUGAAGAAAAAAUUGAUGAGUUUCGAGCUUCUUUCUUUGCAUUGCCAAUUGGAACUGUCACACCAAAAACACAUGCUGUGUUUUUCCAUAUAAAGGAAUUUAUCCUGAGGAAAAAGAUGCCACUUGGUAUUUAUAGCGAACAAACAACAGAAGCAAUGCACCAUUGCUUUAGUACAAAUUGGGCAAGGUACAAACACCCAAUCAGUCAUCCAGAAUAUGAAAAAAGGGUUGUGAUGUGCCUUGUUGAUUUUAACAGCAAGAAUCUUUGAAGAAAACACUGAGCACAAAAUAAAUAGAAUUGGAGAUUUAUGAAUAAAUUAUGUUGACCUUACAUAAGAAAUCUUUAUGUGAGAACAGAAUGUACCUUUUUAUCCCUUUAGAAUAAUUUUAUUUAUUUAUUGUAUGUACUUUUGUUUAAAGAAUGCUGUAAAAAUGAA